CUCCUGUCCUGGACAGGAGUCACAGAACGCGCAUAGACCCAUAAGGUAUUGUGCUUGUAAAAUUUCUGAAAAUGCGCAUUUUUCACGCGGUAUAAUAAUACGAAUGAUUUCUGUAUACUGUGCCUUUGCAUCCAAAGAUUCGUUUAUGCAAAUAGUUUUAUGUAAUUUAUUUGUGUCCAUACACGACAGCUCCCUAUAAUUAUGAGUUAUCCACGGCGUGAUUAUCCUGACGAUCCCCACGACGAUCGCAUAUCCGAUGAGCGAGAUUACGGCGAUCCGGAUAGCAGGUCGGUGCGGAGCGAUUACAGCGUGUCCCUGCACGACGACAGACGAAAUGGCAACGGCAGGGAUUUCGCUGUGCAUAUGCACCGUCGACGAGGUGCACCGGACAGGGAUCGUUAUGACGACGAUGAAGAAUCUGCAACGGGUUUCGAAAUUCCCACCCGACGGGUCGACGGGGGCAGCCAGUAUUCCCGGGAUACGGACUAUGACUUCGAAGAGGCGGAUGCACUGCGGGAGCCCAACAUUAUCGAAGCCAUGAAGAAGUUCAAAGGCCAUCAGGCGCUGCAGUCCCUUGUAUAUAAUACCAUGAACAUGCAAAGGAGGAAAGGUCAGGACAGAGUGGCUCGGUACGAAGCGGAGUCCGGUCGAGUGGAACUGGUGGCGCCAUUGGAAGAUGUGGAUGCCGAAGGAGCCGAUCCGAAUGAGAUUCGGAUGCAAGCUGUCGAAAGACCGCUGAAAGAAACCGUCGACGACUACAAGGAAGCUGCCGGACAGAAGGCGGAUGUGAAGCUUAUCCAACCGGAGCAGUUUCGUGAGCUAAUCCAGCCGCUGAGCGAGAAGCGCCGCGAAUACAACAACAUGAAAGACCAGAUUGACGGGUUGGUCACGCAAACCGUGCAGGUCACCGUGGCCAAAGUCGGUCGCAAUUUCUGGCGCGCGCUGGGCGAUGUGGCGGAUACCUUGAAACCGUUCACCGGUUUGUUGCGUUGGGUGGAUAGCCACUACGGGUCCGAUGUGCAUUCGUAUUUCUUAUUUAUUUUGUGGAUCAUCGCAACAAAUUUUGCGACAUUUGCGGUUACUUUCCUAUUCGGCAUGGCACCCUCGAUAUUCUGGCAUGACCUUAACGAUCACAAACCUCUCGCCGUUGUUGAAAAACCGGAUCAGCCAUUUAUUCCGCAGGAUAUUUUUACCGGACAGGGAAUACUGCAAGAUUCGUUUUUCCAUUAUGGAUUUUAUUUGGCCAACUUUUCGACUAUUUUUGGAAACUGGCAGUUUGAUCGCACAAUGGGAUACCUGUUUUCCCUUGGAUUCUUUUACCUGUUCCAGUUUGUCGUGAUAACUUACUCGAUAACGCAGUCUUAUGGGAAAAUUGUUUCGACAUCCACAAUGGGUGGCAAGCCCAAAUACUGCGAUACCGUCUUCUUUAUGUGGGAGCACACUGUCUACGACGAAGACGCAAUCAAACUGAACCGACAGGAUUUACUUACAACGCUGCGCGAAAAAUUAAUAACAGCCAGACGCAUCGAAAAGUUCCGGCGACCCAUCUACAUCCGGCGGUUUUUUGUCAAUGCCUUCAUUGUUCUUCUUACCGCCGGGCUAGGCGCUGGUCUGUGGUAUUAUCUGGAGUUUAUUGAAAUUAACUUGAAAACAAACAGGCAACCGGAAACGAAUCGCAUCAUUUAUGAAGAUCUGGAUAUACAUCAGAAAUACGCAAUCGAGCUUUCUCCGGCCAUGAUCAUCACUCUGUUGAAUUUUGUUUUUCCGGUGAUAUUUUCUGUACUCAGCAAAUACGAAAAAUAUAUGACCUAUGAAGGGAAUUACUUUCCAGUUUAGCUAAGUAAGGGUAUCUGUUUAAAUUUCGGUACCCUUGGUACAUUAUAUUAUUACUGGAUCCUUAACGAGUCUGGCCAGACAAUUGGGGCGGUGAAUUUUGAGAACAAGAAAGACUGUGCGGCUGAGCGAAAAAUGUCGUGUUGGGAAACAAGUCUUUCGCAAAAAUUUUAUCAGCUUGCUGUGAUGAAUUUGGUAUUUGAGCUUGGAAUAUCGGUGCUUGGAUUAUUCUUAUCGCCUAUUAUAAAAUUAUUCACACGUAAACAAUUAGUUUUCCGAGCUGAUCUGUUGACCCAAAGAAUUAUCUAUCUGCAAGUUAUCACCUUCCUGGCUACUUAUUAUAGCCCAAUUAUGUGUGCAAUCGCCAUUCUCACGACCCUGCUUUUGUUUGCGCGCGAUACGGUGAUUAUAAGGUAUUCGAAGAUGUAUAAAUCAGCUCCCCUUGGAAGUGGCAACGAAGGAACGCAUGCCAUUUAUUGCACAGCUCUCCUGCUUUCGUUUGUCUUAUGCACCUUGUCCGUGGCGUUCGUAAUUACAUUAUUGCUCCCAUCAAAGGACUGUGGACCGUUUCGGGAUUUGUGUCCGGAGCCCGACAUUAUUGCGGCAGCGAUAAUACGUUUCAAAGAUACAGUACCUUUGCUGUAUGAGAUUAUGGAUAUCCUCAUCAUGCCUCCUGUCCUGAUUUUUGUCAUUGUAUUUUUACUAGUCCUGGUGUUUUACUUUUACAACAAAAACCGAGCUCUUGUCGAGCUGUCACCGGUACUACAAAAUCAUUUGGCUUUGGAAGAGAAGGACGUGAUCGCUUUGUAUCUGAACAUUGUCAGCGCUCAAGCACAAUCCGGGUCUGCACCUAAAAUACAACCGGCACGCGCUAGGCAUACCAGAGCAGCCGAAAGAUUCGCUCAGAAAAACAGCGCUGCCAGAAGUAGAUUUAACCCAGUGCAGAAUUCCACACAUCCGUCGGCGUCCCAGUUAGUGGCCAGGUCGCGGGUGUAGCGGAAGACGAAUCUAUCUUGCUUGAAACAACCACAUAAAGCAAAAGAGAUCCAACAAUAAAGAAAUAAUACUUACAAAACCAUACUGAAAUGUAACCUCUGGAUAUUGCAGCUAUAUACCGGCACAAGAAAGUGUUGCCUAUAUUACUUCACUACCUAUCAGUGAAGAACUAUGUAACUUAUCCUACUCUAGUCAGUUCUUAAACAUGUCUUUCUGUUGGCUUAUGAUUAAGCCAUGCUUUAACCUGGUGCGUAUGCUGGCAAAAAAAACCUUGUUUCCUUGUAA